AUGAGAAUUGUCAGAGUGGACAAGACAGGCAUGCGGGCAACUCGCGCGAGCCUGCCCUUAGUGGCCCUUGUUUUCCUUUUUACACAAACGCAUGCGCAGAUCGAACCACUUGGACUCGCUAAGGAAUAUACAAAAAAUAUAUUUUGUAAAAGCGUUGUUUAUGUCACCUCUGCUAAUCAACACCAACCAAUUGAUUAUUUUCGUAAUCGGCAUUCAAGAGCUACAAGACAGGCAACCUUCACUCCCAGAGGAAAAUAUCGAGGCCAAACUCAGUCACAAUACUUGGCUAUAGAUAGAGGAAAUGCAAAAGAUGAGGGCAAGGCGGAGGCCCAUUCUGCAGCAGAUUCUUCAAGGGCAAGUGUCAGUGGUAACAGCGGCAUGGGCCAGGCGCAAAGCCAGUCCAUUUAUGAUCCGAGUUGCGAUGAUUGCUACGGCGCACCAAGAAAGGAAGUCGAGAGCUUAAGACAUCAACCGGGAAGAACAACAGAUUACGGUCCGAGCUGGUCUAGCACUGGACCUGAGUAUUCAUCGCGUUAUCCUGGAGGAACUAGGCUUCCAGCCCAAUCACCUGAUACUUCCUUAUAUAACCCUGAUCAAACAGGUUUAAAUAGUCCAAAUGGAUAUGUAGGUAGUAGUUACAGACCAGAUGGAAAAAUUAUACCAGUGUCUGACAAUCAACGAACCGGUUAUGGCCCUGGCGGGGAUAGUAAUGGCUAUGGUCCAUCUUAUAAUUAUGGUCCUCGAGGCUCAGGAUCCAGUUAUCCUGGCGGCAAUGGUUAUGGACCAGGAAAAGAUAUCCAAUCAGGUGGAGUCGGUCCAGAUAGACCAUAUAGAAAUGGCGAAAUUCCCUCAGACAGAUUUGGAGGACAAACAGACAGGUCUAUCCCAAGUGGCAAUUUUCCUAAAAGUGACACAAACCCAUUAAAUACAGGUAAUAAUUAUGGUUUGCAACAGAAUGGCUACCCGGUUCAGGCCGGUGGUCACAAUGGUAUGCCUAUACACGAUUUAAAUGACCAAACCAAAUAUCCAACUCCAGAUGGCAGGGGCGAACAAACUUCACGGGGAAAUUACAUACCAAACGUACCAGGUCAAACUGGAAAGAAUAAUAAUAACAUGCAACACUAUCCAAAUAAUUAUAAUCAACCUACUUCCGUUAAUCCCAAUGAUGGUUCGUAUUAUAAUCCAAGACCAAGUGGACCUUACUCUCCAGGACAAAGAGGAGGAGAAAGUUAUGUACCGAGUGGGUCGUCUUUACCACCUGGUCAACUAAAUGCUUUUAAUCCAAAAACAAGCCCUGAUAAUGUACUACCGGGAGCUAUCGGCCAAGCACUUGUUCCUCAGCAGUCUCCAACAGGUAUAGCUAAUUAUGAUCGGAACAGAUAUCACCCUGGUUCAUAUGUGUCCGGCGACACCAGGGGGAAUUGGCCCCCUACAGGCCCAUUCCAAGGGCCUGAUGGAAAAACUUAUGUUUGUUGUGAAGUACCUGGAGCGACAAAACUACAAAGUGCUUAUGGUCAAAAUAGUGGAGGCAGCCCCAACAAUCUAUUAGCUCCAGAAAUAACUCAGCCUGGAGGAAAAUAUGGAUCUGAAGGACCAGGAGAAGGUCAUAAUGUCCAAAAUGGACCUAGACAAUAUAGUCCAGAACAUGUAAGUGGUUUUAGACCGGGCGGAGAGUACCAAUAUCCAAGUAGUAAAUAUACUCCUCUAGUGAAUCAAUUUGUUCCUGGAAACGCUGGCUACGAUGCAGGUGGAGAGUAUUAUCCAAGGGGUCAUUAUUUACCUGGGAGCGGAUCACAAUCAGGCAUCGUAGGUCCAGGCAAGCAAGACACCUCUAGAAGUAGUCCUGGUACAGGAACCGGUGGACAUUACAUUCCUGGGAGAAAUGGAGAACCAGGAACUGAAAAUCUUGGAAGUCAUUUCUCUCCUGGAAGUAGUCCAGCUACAGGAUCAGGGAAUAAAUAUAUUCCUGGAAGAGAUACAGGUUCCGGAACUGGAGGCCCUGGAGAUCAAUACUCUCCAGGUACUGGUCAAACUACAGGAUCAGGUGGACAAUAUAUACCUGGAAGAGACAUGGAUUCCGGGACUAGAGGUCCUGGAGAUCAAUAUUCCCCUGGUACUGGUCCUUCUACAGGAUCAGGUGGACAAUACAUUCCUGGAAAAGGUAUAGGUUCCGGGACUAGAGGCCCUGGUGAUCAAUAUCCUCCUGGUGCUGGUCCGUCUACAGGAUCAGGCGGACAAUACAUUCCAGGAAGAGAUAUGAGUUUCGAGACUGGCGGACCUGGAAGUCAAUAUUCUCCUGGUACUAGUCCUUCUACGGGAACAGGUGGACAAUACAUUCCUGGAAGAGAUAUGGGUUCCGGGACUGGAGGUCCUGGCAGUCAAUAUUCUCCUAGUACUGGUUCUACUACAGGAUCUGGUGGCCAAUACAUUCCUGGAAGAGAAAUAGGUUCUGGAACUGGAGGCCCUGGAGGUCAAUAUUCUCCUGGUACUGGUCCUUCUACAGGAUCAGGAACACAAUACAAUCCUGGACUAAAUAUAGGUUCCAGAACUGGGAGCCCUGGAGGGCAAUAUUCUCCUGGUCCUAUUACAGGAUCAGGUGGACAAUACAUUCCUGGAAGAGAUAUAGGUUCGGGGACUGGAGGCCCUGGAGGUCAAUAUUCUCCUGGUAUUGGUCCUUCUACAGGAUCAGUUGGACAAUACAUUCCUGGAAGAGAUAUGGGAUCCGGGAAUGGAGGCCCUGGAGGUCAAUAUUCUCCUGGUAUUAGUCCUUCUUCAGGAUCAGGUGGACAAUACAUUCCUGGAAGAGAUAUGGGUUUCGGUACUGGAGGACCUGGGAAUCAAUAUUCCCCUGGUGCUGGUCCUUCUACAGGAUCUGGUGGACAAUACAUUCCUGGAAGAGAUGCAGGUUACGAAACUGGAGGCCCUGAAGGUCAAUAUUCUCCUGGUACUGGUCCUUCUACAGGAUCAGGUGGACACUACAUUCCCGGAAGAGAUGUGGGUUCCGGGACUGGAGGUCCUGGCGGUCAAUUUUCCCCUAGUACUGGUCCUCCUACAGGAUCAGGUGGACAAUACAUUCCUGGAAGAGAUACAGGAUCCGGAACUGGAGCUCCUGGAGGUCAAUAUUCUCCUCGCACUGGUCCUUCUACAGGAUCAGGUGGACAGUACAUUCCUGAAAGAAAUAUGGGUUCCGGGACUGGAGACCCUGGCGGUCAAUAUUCUUCUGGCACUGGUCCUUCUACAGGAUCAGGUGGACAAUACAUUCCUGGAAGAGAUAUGGGUUCGGGUCCUGGAGGCCCUGGACGUCAAUAUUCUCCUGGUACUAGUCCUACUACAGGAUCAGGUGAACGUUAUAUUCCAAGAGGAGGUUCCGGAUCAGAAACCAGUAGCUCAGGAGGCCCGUUUAAUCCUGGAGGUGGAGCUGGUCAUUACGAUCUUGCUAAUGGUGCACCUUCUGGUCGUGAAGGACAAGGGACUAAUUACAGGCCUGAUUCGGGAACUGGAGGUGGAAGUAGUCAGUAUAAACCUAGUUUGACUGGGUCCAGCGUUAGCUUACCUAGUGGACAAUCUCUCCCCGAAAAUAGAUACGGUUAUGGAAAUAGUCCUGAUAAAGUAGGAGGAGGACCGAAUGUCCCAUAUGGAAAUCCUGGAUCAAUUGGAAGCGACGCUACUGGGCGGUAUCCAAAUGGCCAGACUGGCACGCAAUAUGAGGUUGGAGGAACAAACCCUACAUACAAUAAUGUACCACAAAAUUAUGUUGAUCCCCAGUCUGUCGCUGAUGAUGACGAUUCAGAAGCAGAAGCAGUUGUAUCUCAAGCAAUCAAUGGAACAACGGCCAGUGCAACUUCAAAGGGAGGAAAUGAUAAAGCGCGUGCUCAAACUCAUGUACAAGGAACAUAUUCAGGAAGUGGUUCAUUUCAAGCUCAAGCACAAAUAGCUGGUGAAAACAAAGAGGCUGAAAGCGAGGUAAGUGGAGGCAAGAAAGGAGCGUCAAGUUCAGCAACUGGAAGUGGGCGUAACAAUAAAUCUCAAGCAAGUGUUCAAUUAGGAUCUGAGACAGGAGCUGUACAAACUAAUUCCCAGAGUAGUGGUGCAAUGCAUUCUUCUAACUCACAAGUACAAGGCAGCGUUAAGGGAGGUACAGCUGACGCUCAAGCGCGUGGUCCUGGCAGCACAUCGUCGCAAGCACAAAUUGGAUUCACCCCAUACAAAGAUAGUGAAAAGUCAAAGCACGAUCUUCAGAAAAUUCCGUUUGUCGGUGGGGGAAUGGCAUCAGCCCAAUCAAGUGGGCGAACUGGUCAGUCACAAUCUCAAUUACAUGGUACCUUUAAAUAUGGUAUAACAUAUAAUGGUGCCGCUCAGGCUGGGGCUAGUAUUGAUAAGGAUGCCAUAUUUCCAAAUAGAUUAGCAUUUGAAAAAAUAGAUGUCUUCAAUGAGAAAGAUAAGAAUAUAAACGUUGAUCUCACUGAACCACCACCGGAACUAGAAACUGAAAAAACUCCCGAGACAACGCCAGCACUUCCAGAACUAGUAGUGGAAGAACAAAAAGAGGAAGAAGUAACAACAACGGAAAAGAGUCUCGAUGAAACAUUAACAGAUUCAGAAAUUAAAUAUGAUGCUCAUCCCCACGCUGACCAUCAUUCUUAUGAGACCACACCAUCGGAAUCUACUGUAACAGAUAACAGGAGAUCAUUCCACAAUUAUUAUGGCACCGAAUACGAUACGUACACGACAGAUAAAGACGACACUGACGAUUAUGAUCCAGAAAGCGCUUUUAUACCAGAUGGAACGGAAGUUGAUCAAGGAGCCGAGUUUCCUAGUUAUGACGAAUACAGAGGAGAUGCUACCCAUCAAUCUCUACAAAGCCCAAGAAAGGGAGUAGAUGUGCAUCAAAGCACGGGUGGUAAUACGCAACACAUUAUUCUGGGAUCACUUAAAAAGCACGACGCCGAAAUAACGCAGAAAAGUUCGGAAAGGCCAGACGAAAAAAGAAUAUACCAGCCUGGGGAGCGUGUGCCGGGCACAGGAGGAUAUACUAUACCCAUCGGCUUUACAGGAAGUGUGAAAUCAGUUGCUUCAAAAGACAAGACGUACGUAAUCGGGUCUAGGGAUUCUCCAUCUCAAGCACAGACCGUCACUCUUACUCCUGGCACGGGAAAAGUAAGGUAUACCUAUCCUUCGAGUUACGGUAAAUACGUCCAUCCAACGAACUUACGUUCACUCAAUAGUAAACGUGAUGACGACCGGUACGUUUCCAUGUCUAAAUCGGUGACCCGAGAUUUGGACAAUGACAAUAAUAUAAGAAAACAAUACUCACACACUUACUACACAAAGUCGUCCUCCUGUGGCUACUUCACUUUCACGUGUACAAUGGUAAGUAGCGCCGAAGGGAAGAAGAAAGUAUGUAAACCGAAAAUACCAACCAAUCCCGAUGGUACGCCAAUAAGGUGCUAA